UCAAAUCAGUCAAACAAAACUGUCUCGGAGAAGAUCAAAGCGAUAAGACUUCUAUUCUCCAAAAAACAAGUAAAUAGAGUCGGGAGAAUCUAAAAUUGCUUGACAAGGAAGUAAAAUCGAAUCACAAAGAAGAAGAAGAAGAAGAAGAAGAAGAAGAAUACAUCUAAUUAGGGGGAUUUAAAACCUAACAAUUUUCUAUUGCGACGAUACUACAAUCUCUCGAGAAGGAAUCUGUGAUAAUAAGUCGGGUUUCGCGAGAUAUCCAUCGGAGUCAUCGAUGGAGCCGCCUCCUUCCGGAUCCCAACCACCGCAGAAAGCCGUUCCGAGACUGGCUACGAUGGGCUGGCGAACUAUGUUGAUCUUCAAUCUCGGUCUUGCAGCUUUUAUAUUUGCGAAAAAACGAGAAAGGGACAUUGAUGUGGGAGAGAAAAUGGGAGUUAAAAAGGGCAGUAAAGGUGCGAAAAAGAGUGUCGUUAACACCGGGACGGCCGACACGAAAGUUGCCGAAAACAACACGAAAGUUGCAGAAACUGACAAGGCCAAGAACUCCUCUGAAACUGCAGUUCUGGACAAGGAAGAAGCCAAACCGAUCCCUUGGCAUGAUGAUCCUCUGUUUGAGUAUACGGAUGCAGCAGCUGAUGAGUUUGUGUUUCACGGCGCGGCGACUGAGCCUGUUAAGGUAGCAAGGAAACCGAUUCCGGAAGACGAGCAAAGGGAGCUUUUCAAGUGGAUCUUGGAAGAGAAAAGGAAGAUGGAACCAAAAGACAGGAGAGAUAAGAGACGUAUCGACGAAGAGAAAGCUGUCUUGAAACAGUUUAUACGAGCAGAGAGGAUUCCAAAACUUCUCCCUGAUGAUUCCGUUGAUUCUUCUCUACGUGAUUGGGACAAAUUCUUCUCCUCCAAGUAGAGAGAAACAGUGUACUACUGGUUUUUCUUUGUUGGUACCCUUUUACUGCUUUGGUUGUUUAGCUUAUUAGGCAUCCCGGUUUGGAUCCAACGGUUAGUUCAGUUUGGUUAACACAGUUUUCGAUUAAUCAAUUCACUUAUCGAACUGAACCAGACAAAAAGUUACGUUCAGUAUUCUACCUAAA